AUGGAACGGCAACGAAAAACCGAUCUCCUAAAUCCGGUGGACAUAGGUCUGUUCGACCACUUAUUUGAGAGAAGACACGCAACUUUUAGGAGAGGCACUCGAUUAACUCCAGAACGAUUUCAGCAACAAGUGUUUGGAACCCAACUAAGACCGACGGAAAUCAGCAUGUUCAAACAAAUGCUGUUAAACAGGGAAGGAGCAAUUGCAUUUGAUUUCAGCGAAUCAGGAAGAGUUCAACCAGAAGUGGCACCGCCAUACCAAAUAAGAACGAUACCACACAAGGCCUGGCAAUCUCCAAGCUUUCGACCACCUAAGAAAUUGGAAAAUGAAGUUUUCAAGAUGAUAAACGAAAGACUACAAAAAAGAACACUAGAACUGUGCGACAGUCAAUACCGAAAUCCGUGGUUUCUGGUUCCAAAGAAAGAU